AGAGAGAGAAAGAGAGAAUGGACAUGACGUUAUUGGUACUUGUCGCUUCGGCGAUCGUUGCUCUAAUUAUUAUAUGCACUGUUUUUCUGCAAUACAGAUCUGGUAUUCAAGAAAAGCAAACUAAUGCUGAAAAUGCUAUAGCGCAAGGUCGACCGGUAAGGAGAGCAGCUGGUGUUAGAAAUGCCAGGCUUCGUAUGCAGGGAAAUAUUAAUUAUCAACAGCAUCAGGAGGACAACAGAAUAGUUGACGAAGAUAAUGAAGAUACGGGAGACAAAACAGAAUUACCGGAUUAUAAAAUAGGAGCAAAAAAGCGAGCAAAGUUGGCAGCCAAAGCAGAAAAGAAGUUGCAAAGAGAGGCAGCUGAACGAGACAGGGAAGAGCGUAAGAAGCGAGAACAACUUGUUCAAGAAGAAAAAGAUAAGCAGGCUGAGAGAGAACGUACAGAGCAAUUACGCGUAGAUGAAGCAGAAAAGAAAGCUAGAGAGGACAGAGAGAAGAGAGAGCAUGAGGAAUAUUUGAGGAUGAAAGAAGCAUUUAGUAUAGAAGAGGAAGGUUACCAGGAGGAAAACAAAGAACACAAGGAGAACUUAUUGCAAGAAUUUAUCGAAUAUAUAAAACAGAACAAGGUAUUGGUUUUGGAAGAUCUAGCUGCGCAUUUCAAUUUGAAAACAACUAGCGUGAUAGAAAGAAUUCAAGAAUUGCAAGCAAAUGAUAAGUUAACCGGAGUAAUUGAUGAUAGAGGAAAAUUUAUUUAUAUCUCAGAGGAUGAACUUCAGGCGGUUGUUAAAUUUGUACGACAACGUGGUAGAGUCAGUAUUGCUGAAUUGGUUGAGAAUUCGAAUAAUUUAAUUAGUUUAGCAGCUGUAAAAAGUUCUAGCAUUUCUGUUAGCUAGAUAAUUGUUAUACUAAGUUUGUACAUAUAUGUUUUAUGUCGGUUGUGACGUGGUUAAAUGAAUAUAUUUAAUUACAGAUGUAUUGUAAUGGAUCUUUCUCUUUUUGAUUAUAAUAUAAAUUUAUAAUAAUGUUGAGUUCGCGCGCGUGCGCGCGGUAAAAGCUACUAUGUUCAUGUAUAAUCCGUCCUAGAUCAUAAUUUCUCUUCCAAUAGAAACACUAUCUCGUAUUGCUUUGUAAUCCAUCCAAACUAUCAAAUAAUCUUUCCAAUAAUCGUCCCUUAUGAAAGAAGAUCGUAUAAAAACUAAGCACUAGAUUAAACUACAGAAGCUAACUAAAUCUCAUCUUUGUUAUAUUUUAAGUAGGGAAUUUUUUCCGAUCACUUUAAUUUCAUUCUAUUGGCUAAAUCUGCGAAGAGACAACUGAAAAGAUUAAUACAGGCGGAAAACGUUAGAAAGAAUUUUAUAGAAUUCCGAAUUAAACUCGCCGUAUGUUUACUUCUCUUAUCGUUUGUACUUGAUUCGCGCUCUCCUGUUAAACCUUUCCAACGUGUAACGUUAGCGACGGCGACGGGGAGGAAUUUUGUGAUCCGAUGCGCGUCCUGACGACACGGAGAAUCGAUGUUGCAUCAGAUUCUAGUUUACCUUAAACUGCAAGCUAUACGCGCAGAUUCUUAUUUUCCCUGAGAAUGUAUAAUUUAUCUCGCGGUGGGCACGGCGCUAACGCGACCACGUUAUCGUGAAAAUAUACAUAUUGGCAGAAAAAAAGAACGUACAUAUUGCUUACGCGGUGGUUGCCCGGCUAUAACCGGUGAAAAGUCUCAACGUGAGAAAUGACAGCGCAAAUUAUUUAUCGCGGAAAUGCAGCUUUUUGCUGUUUCUGUCUCGAGACCUGUUUUUAUAUAAGAGGCACAAUCUGUUUCAUGUUUGAUGGAGAAAAAGGAUGAAAAGUUUCGUUAUAUACAAAUCUUAUCUGCAAGAUUGUUACUCCGACAUUAGAGAAAAAGAGAAAGUAGGAGAAUGCGCGACGUAUCGUUUUUGCUUCACGUGAAGCGUAGAAACGGAAGUACGUCUUCGAAGACAUGUCGAGGCAAAAAUCGUGCCUGGCUGGAUCGCGAGCGCGUUGAAACUUAUUUUUAACAUCGUCGGACGCGCGCGAGACCACCGAAUCUUUAGACCAUUGACUGCGGAUACAUUAUCCCUCGUUUUUAUAUCAUCGUGAAUCUCUCGGAAGGAGGGUGAAUACUUUCGAGAAUCAUAUUUCCGGCGAUAUUUCUUGUCUUACCAACGAAGAUCAAAGGCUAUUUUUUUUGUUGCCAACGAUAUAUUCGCCUUUGGAUAGAUACAUAUUUCGACUUUUCAUCAAAUUUUAUCUCAAGUGUGCGAGAUGUAGCAUGCAAUUUGUUACUUCGAAUGUGAACUAGAGAAAACCUGUUGAGAAA